UUCAGUUCCGGGGUCGCUCACCACCAGCCUGCUGUCAGCAGGAGUAAGGUUAAUGUGUAAGUGGAUGUAGUGUCUGUGGAGCGCUGUGAUGCCCCUGGAGGUCAGAUGGCCGUUUCCACAUUGCCCUCCUCUGGCAUGGAGGAUGUCCAGCUCACUGGUUAUGGGGAUGGUGGGCUCCUAUUCCUACUUCUGGACCAAGUACAUGAACUACUUGACGGUGCACAACCAUGAGGUUUUGUUGGACCUGGUGGACCAGAGGCCCUCUGACACACCCCUCAUCACUGUGUCCAACCACCAGUCCUGUAUGGAUGACCCGCACCUCUGGGGUGUACUAAAGCUCAGACAGCUGUGGGACUUCAAUAAGAUGCGAUGGACUCCAGCAGCAUCUGACAUCUGUUUCACUAAAGAGCUGCACUCAAGAUUCUUCAGCCGCGGAAAGUGUGUUCCUGUCUGCAGAGGGGACGGUGUUUACCAGAAAGGCAUGGAUUUUAUUGUGGAAAGGCUGAACAGAGGAGAAUGGGUUCACAUCUUUCCAGAAGGCAAAGUCAACAUGACAGAAGAAUGUAUACGGUUAAAAUGGGGUGUGGGACGACUAAUAGCAGAGUGCUCCCUUAAUCCGGUUAUCCUGCCACUGUGGCAUGUGGGUUUGAGUGACGUUCUGCCAAACGAGAAGCCCUAUGUUCCUCGGACUGGCAAGAGAAUCACAAUCCUGGUGGGGAAACCGUUCAGUCUGAAAGACCUUGUUGAAUCACUCCGUGACGAAAACAAGAGCCAGAUGGAAAUGAGGAAGACCUUGACUGAUUUUAUCCAGGAGGAGUUUCUAAGCCUGAAAGCCCAGGCCGAGGCCCUCCAUGGGCAGAUACAGACCCAGUCCUGAGUCCCUGCUGUCCCUCCUGCUACAUGAUGAUCCUCUACCCUAAACUGAGGGUAACACCUUCUCUCCUGGAAGUCCAUCCACACAUUUUCCGCUCCCUCCUUUUUCUCUACUGAAUCACACACGUUCACUCUGAAAUUCCCAAUGAUCACACUUUUCUUUGCAUUUUGGGCAAUGUUUUGGAGUCACUUCCAAUUCAUGUUGGUGCAACAAAAACUUGUUUGUAAAUGUUUAAAAGCAGGCAUCGGUGUUUUGUUUUUUUAUAUAGCAAAAUGCAUCAUUCGCUUGCUGCAAUAGGCUCUGAUCCACUAUCAUCCUAAAACAGGGUUAUCCGUUUAGAAUAGAUUUGAUAAUUGAGUUACUUGAAUUCAUACCUAUCAAAGCUGUGACCUUAAAGCAGACGGUCACUGAAUUGGUUAUAGGAGUAAAAGAUUUUAAAUGUUUGCGGCUUCAUUUGGGCAUGUAGUACCUUCAGAGUUACGUAAUUAACUGGUCAUUCUAAUUGCUCAGAUGUGUUUUCAGUUCCCACCAGUACCAUAAUUAUUGGAUGAUUGUACAAUUCAGGAUUACAAUACAGGACGUAGUGUGUCCUUGAGAUGCAAACAAAUGAUAGAGCAGACUGGAGUCACUGAAAAUUAUUAUAACUUUAAGGUUCGGAUAUUGAAUAUCUAAAUCUAAAUUCAGUCCCCUGUGGAUACUGGUGAUAACAGCAAGUGUAAUACUGCAGCAAACACUUGUUUAGCAGCUACUUUCUAUAAGAAUGACAACAAAAGACAAGCAGGUGAAACCGUUUACAGCGCAGCCAAAUGAACUCGGGUUGUUUUGAUGAAGAAAUCAGCCUUAUUACAUCACACUUUGAGUAACGGGCGUCUGAUUUCAUGCUGAACACAGCACAGGUAUAUUUCAACAUAACAGCAGGACACAGUAAAGCAGUUGGACUUCGCAGCCUUUUGCUAUCCACACUUACAGUUGUUUCUUUUGGUGGCAUUGCAUUAAAAGCUUUUCUGUGUUGUGCCACCGGAAUACUUUUAAAUGAAAGCAUCAGCAGUAACUUAAUCCUGCUCUGACACAGCUAAAGGAGCGGGAGCAGGGAAGUGGCUUAUAUCAAUGAUAAAAGUAAAAGUUGUUUUUUUAAGUAAAAGUGUUUUAGUUGAAAAAUCCAAUCUACACAUUGAGUGUAGUUUAUUGGCACUUUUUACAAGCAAGAAUUAAAAAAAGUUGUUGAACAUAUUCCCAACAUUAGCAGAAUCGAUCCAUAUUGGUGUUGUCUGGCGUCAGGGUUGAAUCAACCUGUUUCCCCACAAAACUGGUGUUUGUUUAAACUCUAUUUAUUAGUAUGCAGUGUGAUGUAGAUUUAUAAAUCUUAAUCUAAUGAAGACUUUUAAUCAGCACUGUUCUGCAUGGUUAAUAUUUACUGCUUAAGCAUGCAGAGUAAAUAAUUGAAAAGAUAGUAUGAUGAUAGUAGAUUCAUUUGCUUCUAUUAUGUCCAUGCCGCUUUGGGUCGACUGUGAAGUUAUAAUGUUCAGUGUACAUUUAAAUUAAGUUUGCAAAUAUUUUAUUUUAGCAAUGUAGAUACUUUCUUUUCCAGAUUAAUUUCUUUAGAUCCAUUCAACCUGUGAAUGCUACAUCAUUACAGAUGUAUAUACCUUAUUUUAUCACAGAGAUCAAUCACUUUUAUAAGGGAGGAUCGGCCACGGCGUAGUGAUCUGUGGUUACUAUAAAAUGUAUCGCCUUACUGUGAUUGCCAUUCUUUCCUACUGUACAUGUGAAUGCCAAUAAAUAUUCAACUUUUCUAAA